AUGGAUCGAACCCACCUCUGGAUCCUACCCUCAUCCCGAAGGAGCCAUCCCCGAACUGGGAGUUAUACAACCUUUGGACUCAACACCACAUCAGGACCUGGGUCUCAACACCUGGGACUCAACACCACAUCAGGACCUGGGACUCAACACCACAUCAGGACCUGGGACUCAACACCACAUCAGGACCUGGGACUCAACACCACAUCAGGACCUGGGACUCAACACCGCAUCAGGACCUGGGACUCAACACCACAUCAGGACCUGGGACUCAACACCGCAUCAGGACCUGGGACUCAACACCACAUCAGGACCUGGGACUCAACACCACAUCAGGACCUGGGACUCAACACCACAUCAGGACCUGGGACUCAACACCACAUCAGGACCUGGGACUCAACACCGCAUCAGGACCUGGGACUCAACACCACAUCAGGACCUGGGACUCAACACCGCGUCAGGACCUGGGACUCAACACCACAUCAGGACCUGGGACUCAACACCGCGUCAGGACCUGGGACUCAACACCGCGUCAGGACCUGGGACUCAACACCACAUCAGGACCUGGGACUCAACACCGCGUCAGGACCUGGGACUCAACACCGCGUCAGGACCUGGCCCAGAAUAGGAAGUCGUGGAGAUCCAAAUGACGAGGAACUAGCGAACUGUAUAAUUGUGUGUCACGCUGAGCUGCACCUGGCCACCUGUUUCCAGCCUGUUAACGGACACCUGGCCACCUGUUUCCAGCCUGUUAACGGACACCUGGCCACCUGUUUCCAGCCUGUUAACGGACACCUGGCCACCUGUUAACGGACACCUGGCCACCUGUUUCCAGCCUGUUAACGGACACCUGGCCACCUGUUUCCAGCCUGUUAACGGACACCUGGCCACCUGUUAACGGACACCUGGCCACCUGUUAACGGACACCUGGCCGCCUGUUAACGGACACCUGGCCGCCUGUUAACGGACACCUGGCCACCUGUUUCCAGCCUGUUAACGGACACCUGGCCACCUGUUUCCAGCCUGUUAACGGACACCUGGCCACCUGUUUCCAGCCUGUUAACGGACACCUGUUUCCAGCCUGUUAACGGACACCUGGCCGCCUGUUAACGGACACCUGGCCACCUGUUUCCAGCCUGUUAACGGACACCUGGCCACCUGUUUCCAGCCUGUUAACGGACACCUGGCCACCUGUUUCCAGCCUGUUAACGGACACCUGGCCACCUGUUUCCAGCCUGUUAACGGACACCUGGCCGCCUGUUUCCAGCCUGUUAACGGACACCUGGCCACCUGUUUCCAGCCUGUUAACGGACACCUGGCCACCUGUUUCCAGCCUGUUAACGGACACCUGGCCACCUGUUUCCAGCCUGUUAACGGACACCUGGCCACCUGUUUCCAGCCUGUUAACGGACACCUGGCCACCUGUUUCCAGCCUGUUAACGGACACCUGGCCACCUGUUUCCAGCCUGUUAACGGCUCUCGUUGCCAUAACAAAGGGGUUGAAUACUUACUGACUUAAGACGUUUCAGGUUUUUAUUUUAAAUUCGUUUGUAAACAUGAAAAGCAUUUUAUUUAAUAAAAGCUUUUUUUUAUUAAAAAUAAAUAUAUGUUUAUUGUAUAUGGCAUACAAGCCAUCUAUAUACUGUCCUCUAUUAAUGAUUCAAGGACAUCUGGAAAAAAUAAUGUAUAUAGUUAUUGAGCCAAUAGGAUGUGAACAGCUUUUUAACCACAUAAACAAACUAGCUACAUACAGUACAGGCAGUUUGACCUGACCUCUACACCAUAGAUGUACUCUUGAAAAUAGAAAUGUAAUUGUGAAUCACCCAUAUAGCCAACACACACACACACACAAUGCAAGUCGACUUGGAAACCACGUUGGGAUUUAUUUUUCUCGUCUUUGAUUGUUGAUUUGUAUUUACAUAGAUUGCCAACUUUUGAAAAAAAAGAAGCUUUGAAUAAAUUUUGAAGGUAAACUCUCA